GAGAGGAUAACAGUGAGUGUCCAUAGUGGGGCGACCACAUGGUCAGCCGCUGGCGAAAACAUCGCAAUUUUACGAAAGAGCUCCGUCACAUCGUGCGCAGUAAGAGAGUUAGCCGCGUUCCGGAAAGUCCGUUGUGUUGUUGCGCGCUAAAAAUAUACAGUCAAGCGAAAGACAUCGCCAUUGUUCGUACCGAGUGCCCGUGACAUGCCAGACGAUACUGGAAUCUGAGAGGAGACGCGACACUCGCUGAGAAUGGAGACAAUCAGCAAUUUCGUGUCCAUUUUAAGAUGGCCACCGUCCCUGUCGCUGUACCACGGGAAAACAACCCCAAAACCGAAGGAGACAACCGAAAAGGAGUGGAACUGUCGCGUGGAUACGUCGACGCGAUUCUUCACUAUUCUUCAGAGCAUUUUACUGUGGGAGAAUUCCGUUAACAGUAUCUCCGUGGUGAUUGUUUUCAACGUACUCUUCUGGGGGAUCGUCGUAUUGGAGGUCCGCGGCUUUGCGGCAGCCAGCAGUGCUGCGCUCGUUGUGGUCCUCUGCUACAGCAGCCUGGAAGCACAGACAAAGGAUGAAACUGAAGAGAAAUCACCUGCGUCCCAGGCGAAGGCCGGGCAGAUCGACAAGUUCGUCGGAAGGGCCAGGUCGACGCUGCGGAAUCUUAAGCAAUUGCGCAACGAUCAACCUGGAGGUUUCUGCGCAGCAGUCUGCACCGUCUCACUAGGUCUGUGGUUGAUUGGACGAGCCUUCAAUGGUGUUCUCCUCGCUUAUACGAUAUGUAUGGGAAUACUGGUGGGACCUGCAUUGCUGAUGCGAAUACCAUGCACAGUCCUGCCACCAAAAGAAUGGGACAGCGAGAUUGAGGAAUUUCUACCUGCAGCAACCGAGGAUAAUUUGCAGGUUCUAAAACGAGCCGGCGAGACUGGCGAUCACUCUUCGACGCCGACCGGUGCUCUAGAGGCUCAGAUCGAUCCGUUUAACGAAGAUGAAUUGGUUGGCCUGAAAAUGCCGUCGCACGAAGAGGGCAGCACCGACGAUCUUGAAUUAUCCGAAUUGGAAUUGAUCACUGGCGAAACAGAGACCGAUGGUAUACGAUUCCAGUCUGGCCAUUUCGAACGUGGCUCCUCGUCCGAGGAGGAAGCUGAACUUCAACCGGAAGAACCUAAACUUCCGAGUCACAGUGAUGACAGCGACAGCGAUUUCGAGAUCAUCGAUAGUCGCGAGUUGCGUGAUGUAGUUUGAAUUCCUCUGCGCUAUUUAUCCUUUUCGUUUUUUUUUUUUUCGAAUCGUGCGACGUCGACUUUAGUAACUAUCCGUGAGACGAUGGGGCAAUUGAUGAAGCCUUUUAUGGAGUUUUUCAAACGUACCGGUUUCUGUGCUUGAUUUACAUGACCGUAAACAGCCUUAGAACGUGGUUUGAGUGAAUUUUCUUGAAUUACUUUGAUUUUACUAUUUUCGUCUUUUUUUUUAAUCUAAUUUUUAUCCUUUAAUCUUAAUGCUUUACGUUAUUUUCGGCUUUAAAUACGCUUGUGAUUAACAAUAAUCCUGCAACUCGCUGUCUCAUCGACUCCAAUGACUAUCGAUCGACUUGCAUAAUUAUCGAGCGCCUCGAGACUACAAAUUAUUUUUUUGCAGUUUGCUAUUGCUUUUACGUUUGCGCCCGCUUGGAAUACUAAUAAUAAGUUUAUUAGUCACUGUUUCCUAUGCCACGGCAAUAACGUUUUACUAAGUUAUUCCUUUUAUUUUUAUUUGAUACAAUCAGACUGCGCGACUUCGAAGAAGUUUUAUUCGCAGGACCAUGGUUUUCUCCUGGUAGCAACGCAAGAAACAAAAAAAAAGAUAUUCGGUAUUCGUACUAUUUUUGGGGAGCAGGAAAUGUAUUCCAAUGUCGAUGCAAUCUUUUUUUUUCUGUAAAAGACGCGUCUGUACGCGAAAUUGAUGAUUUUUAGCCUUUAUCUGUGAUGUAUCUACAGCAAUGUUUCUUAAUAAUUAAUUACGGCCAAAUUUAAGUGUUAUCAUUUUCUGAUUUUCAAUUUUCGAAAUCCAUGAAAAAUUGUAUCUUCGUAUCUGUGCCGAUGGGGUGGUAAUACGUUUUUAAUUACAUGCGAUAAUCAAUCGUGAGAUAUCGCGAGUUGUCGUAAGAGAGAGUCUCUCGUGAUUGCAGACUUCAAAAUACGUUUUCUUUCUCUUUUAAUUCUCUCAAAGUCUGCGAUACUCGGGGACUGAUAGAUGAAAUUUAUUUAUUUAUACACAGAGAGACAUACACACAGCUACACAUCUAUCUAUAUAAUAAAAUAUAUAUAGUAUACCAACUUAAUAAGAUAAGUAGAAACGAUCAUACUUAAUAUUUUUAAUUGAAAUUCGAACAAUAAACAAUGAAAUAUAUGAAGCA